AUGGGCAGCUAUGUGUUUCGAUGGCCACGCGAGGCGAACGAGGUGUUUGUAACCGGUACCUUCGACGAUUGGGGCAAGACGGUUCAGUUGGAAAAGAAAGGCGAUGUGUUUGAGAAGGAGGUACACCUUCCGGCUAUAGCCGAAAAGAUCCAAUACAAGUUUGUUGUCGACGGAGCCUGGAUUACUGAUAGCGGCGCUCGUCAAGAAAGCGACGGUCACAAUAACAUCAACAACGUUCUCCUAGCCGAGGACUUGAAAAAAACAACUACCAAACCCACCACCGUGUUUGAAUCAGUAACCGGAGGAAACACCGCUGCUGCAGUCAUGGCUGGCGUCGUCCCUGGAGCUACUACCGCCCAAUUGGCAGGCGAAGUCCCCAAGGAAAACGGCUCUUCGGUGCCUGGUGGGUUUCCUGAAACCCCCGGGACAGAACCCAAUGAAAUCUCCGUCAACCCUCUUCCCGCUACCAAUGGAGCUGCAAACCCAAUCAAGCUCGCCCCUGGAGAGCCCGUCCCUGAUCCCAGCACUAUCAACGCCAACACUGUCCAAUCGACCGUCAGAACCGACAAGGAAGGCUACGAAGCCGAUGCCAGCGAUCCCUCUUUCUUGAAAAAGGGAGAGCCCAAAGCUGAUGCGCUAUCAGUUCCUCCUCUGUCGGGAGCUGGUCUGAUUCCCGAGUCAAGUCUUCCUAUGAACCCUCCUGAGAUCUCUGAACCUGGUGUGACCAUUCAGUCUGUAAGCCCUACCUCAACCACAGCUGCGCUUGCAGCCCGAGUGCCUCUUGAAUCGCAAAAGAAUGCAGUGGCAAGCGAUGUCCCAGAAGUUGUCAAGGAGUCUAUCGCCAAGUCCCAUGAGGCUCCCGAAGCAGCUGCAAAUGCGGAAGCAGUUGAGGAGAAGGCAGAGGUAGAGAAGGAACUUCAAGACAAGGUCGGAGUUACCGAUACCACGGCUGUUGCUACGGCUACCGACGUCCCUCAAAUGGUCAAGGAGUCAAUUGAGAAGGCGCACACAGACCCCGAAGCGGCUGCAAACGAAGUCGCUGUUGAAGAGAAGAAGGAGGUUGAGCAAGAAUUGCAACAGAAGGUCGCCCCAGCUGAACAGUCAGGCGAGCCGGCACCAACCACUGAAACCCAGCCUACAGUGACCACCGGCGUCGCCUCUGGCGCCACAACCGAGGAAUCCAAGCCCAUUGGAGCAGUUGCUCAGGACAACCCCAAGGAGAAGAAGAAGAAGAACCGGGCCAGCGGAUUUUUCCAGAGGUUGAAGGAAAAGUUGAGAUAG